GCAGCCAGGCCUAGCAGGCCCCACGCCCGCUGCCUGCUGCAGCCUCCUCUGCCUCCCUGGCCGCCUGCUGUUGCCGGCCACCAUGCGCCUGCUCCGGCCAGGAGACUGACCCUCGACCUGAAUCGGCACACAGCUCCCCCCACCUGCCAGACCCCAGGGUUCUGCCCGGCCCCGGAGGUCAGCCCGGGAAUCAUUAACCAGAGUCCGGGACAUGGCGGAGAAAGAAGGUGGCCGGACUGUACCCUGCUGUUCCGGAUCCAAGGUGGCCGCUCUAACCGUGGGCACCCUGCUGCUCCUGAUGGGCAUCGGGGCGGCGUCCUGGGCCAUUGUGACCCUGCUACUCAGGAGCGACCAGGAGCCACUGUAUCCGGUGCAGGUCAGCCCGGCGGACGCGCGGCUCACGGUGUUCGACCAGACGGAAGGGACGUGGCGCCUGCUGUGCUCCUCCCGCUCCAACGCCAGGGUGGCCGGCCUCGGCUGUGAGGAGAUGGGCUUCCUCAGGGCACUGGCCCACUCGGAGCUGGACGUGCGGAUGGCAGGCACCAACGGCACACUGGGCUUCUUCUGCGUUGAUGAGGGGAGGCUGCCCCAUGCCCGGAGGCUGCUCGAGGUCAUCUCUGUGUGCGACUGUCCCCGGGGUCGUUUCUUGACAGCCAUCUGCCAAGACUGUGGUCGCAGGAAGCUGCCUGUGGACCGCAUCGUGGGAGGCCAGGACGCCAGCCUGGGGAGGUGGCCGUGGCAAGUCAGCCUUCACUAUGACGGGGCACACCUCUGCGGGGGGUCCCUACUGUCCAGAGACUGGGUGCUGACGGCCGCCCACUGCUUCCCGGAGCGGAACCGGAUUCUGUCUAGAUGGCAGGUGUUUGCGGGCACGGUGGCCCAGGCCUCGCCUCAUGGGCUGCAGCUGGGGGUGCAGGCGGUGGUCUACCACGGGGGCUACCUCCCCUUCCUCGACUCCAACAGCGAGGAGAACAGCAACGACAUCGCCCUUGUCCAUCUGUCCAGCCCACUGCCCCUCACAGAAUACAUCCAGCCUGUGUGCCUCCCAGCUGCUGGCCAGCCCCUGGUCGAGGGCAAGAUCUGCACAGUGACCGGCUGGGGCAACACACAGUACUACGGCCAACAGGCUGGGGUACUCCAGGAGGCCCGUGUCCCCAUAAUCAGCAAUGAUAUCUGCAAUGGCCCUGAUUUCUAUGGGAGUCAGAUCAAGCCCAAGAUGUUUUGUGCCGGAUACUUCGAGGGUGGCAUUGAUGCCUGCCAGGGUGACAGUGGCGGUCCCUUCGUGUGUGAGGACAGUAUCUUGCGGACAUCACGCUGGCGGCUGUGUGGCAUUGUGAGCUGGGGCACAGGCUGUGCCCUGGCACAGAAGCCAGGUGUCUAUACGAAAGUCGGUGACUUCCGGGAGUGGAUCUUCCAGGCCAUAAAGACUCACUCCGAAGCCACUGGCAUGGUGACCCAGCUCUGACGCGUGAAUUCUCACUGCCCACGCCUCCGGGCCUGAGUUGAUCCAUGUGGCUCCAGCAGACUGUGGGCCCCAUGCUGGACCUGAGAAGGAACAUUUUUCUUCCUGGGCGCAGCCCACGAGUUCAAGGAUGCCCUCCCUCGGGGUCCCCUCUUCCACAGUGGCGGGCCCACUCAACCCUGGGACCACCCAAGUCUCACCCUCCUGGCACCCAUGUAAAUAGUUUUCAGCCGUGUGGGAACGCCAGAGAGGUGCCCCUGGCUGCACCACGCUCUUUAAAUAAUAAAGAUGGUUUUGAUUAA